AAUAAUUCCAGUGAUACAAUGUGUUAAGUUUUAUGCACGUACACAUUUAGAUGUAGAUCCAGAUAUAUGAAAAGCCUUUGCGUGAUUAAAUUUUAAUCCAUAAAUUCAUCAAUCCAGACCCUAUUUCUAGCUAAAACUUGCUAUUUUUUAAAAAAAGAUUACUUCUGAGCAAACUGAUGCAGAAAAACUACUGACGCAGACAAAUGAGAUGCAGAAAGCAAAGAUUUCCAAAUACAUUGUUGAGGAAUCAAAAGCUACAAAUGUAGAGAACUGUAACUACCCUGGUUUCAAGCUAAAACAACUUUUAGAAUUACCAAGACAUUUGGAAGCUCCAAAACGUUGCAACUUAGUUAUAAAAGCUCAGCAUUUCCAACCUAACCAAGAAGAUCAAGACCACUUUUUUGAUAGAAUUGCAGAAAACUUUGUGGUGCUUUUUCUUCUUGUUCCCACGAAGGCUAAAGAUACAUUUUUUCAGGUGUAUCCUGACUGUUUGUCACAAGUCAUCUAUGUCAAGUUCUGCGAAGCGUUUCCUGAAUCCAUUGAAAGUUUUGAUGAUGAUUUUAAGGAUGGAUUGGUAGACUUCAUUUUUCAGUGGAUAUCAGAAAUGUGUAUGGGAGAAAUGGAAUCUUCAGAGCUUUAAGGCUACCACAGCAAAUUCUAAUAGUGAAGGUGCUACUGUUAACAUACAGGCUUGUGGAUCUGCCAGUUCUGCAG